AUGGCCAUGUCAUCAAGAAACGAUGAUAUUGGGAUAAGGGAAGGGGAAAAGGAGGAGGUGUUGCAAGUUGUGGAGGAUGUUGAUACUUUUCUCCGUAGUGGUGGGGAUCAUGUUCCUGAUUGUGUUCAUGUGUUGCCCAAAUUGUUAGAGCGUAUUGUGGAUAAAUACAACGAUGGGAGAAAAAAGUUAGGGGAAGAGCCAGAAGAUGACAAGUCCUUCCUAAAUGUUGUGGAACGCAUCUUCAAGCUUUCCACUUGCGAUACAUGUGAUAUUGCCUUGGACCAAACUAGUUCUGUCCUAGAAAAAGCAAUGUCCCUGUUAGAGAAAGACCUCUGUUCUCUUCUAGAGGAACCCAAACAAAAAGCACCAAAGAAAUCAUUCUCCUUUGGUUCUCGUUCUGAUUUAUCUCUCAUUCCCUCUAAGUCCCCUUUUUUGGAACAAGAUCAGGAUAACCAUGACUUCCCUUUUAAUUUCUCCUCACAAAAAAUUUCCAUUUUAAACAAGAUCACCACUACCAUGAUCACAACCGGUUACCAGAUCGAAUGUUGCAUGACUUUUGCCAAUUUUAGGCGAAGUGCUUUUACAACUGCAUUGCAAAGAUUUGGGCAUAGGAACAUGAAAAUGGAAGAUGUGUACAAAAUGCCAUGGGAAUCACUCGAAGGAGAAAUUGCAACAUGGAACCAAGUGGUUUGGCAUUGCACCACCGUGCUUUUCAACGCUGAACAAAGGCUUUAUGACUCUAUCUUCCCCAAUCAACCUUCUAUAUCUCAAAAAUUGUUUGGUGAUCUUGCACGAUAUGUCAUCAUUCGUUUACUUAACUUUGCACAAGGUGCAGUUUUAACGAAAUGGUCAGCAGAGAAACUAUUCAAAUUCCUGGAUAUGUACGAGACUUUGAGGGAAGACAUUGUUGGGGGUUCUUAUUUGGAGUCGUGUGCAAAAGAGUUAGCAUACGAGACAAGCACUACAAAGGACAUGAUAAUAGAGGCUAUUGUGGCCAUGUUUUGUGAUUUGAAAACCUCUAUCAAGAAUGAUAAUGAAAGGAUUCCUGUCCCUAAUGGUGCAGUUCACCCCUUAACUCGUUAUGUUAUGAACUAUCUUAAAUAUGCAUGUGAGUACAAAGAUACCUUGGAGCAAGUAUUCACACAAGGUCAAGGUGCCAACAUUGAAGGGAUUGAGAUUCAAAAUCACAAAUCCAUCCAUGAGGAAGUGGAAGAUGUAGGGAUGCCCAAGAAUUCACCUUUUGCACUUCAAUUGAUAACCAUCAUGGACCUUUUGGAUGCAAACUUAGAAAGGAAAUCAAAGUUGUACAGGGAUCUUGCUUUGCACUAUUUUUUUCUAAUGAACAAUAAGAGAUACAUAGUGCAAAAGGUCAAAGGGUGUGUAGAGCUUCAUGAAUUGAUGGGUGACAAUUGGUGUAGGAGGAGACAAUCGGGGUUGAGGUUGUACCAUAAGUGUUAUCAAAGAGAAACUUGGAGUAAGAUAUUGCAGUGCCUUAAGCCAGAGGGUUUGCAGGGGACUAGGAACAAGGUGUCCAAACAACUUGUGAAGGAAAGGUUUAAGUGCUUCAAUUCCAUGUUUGAAGAGAUACACAAAACUCAGUGUACUUGGAUGGUGAGCGAUGAGCAACUCCAGUCCGAACUCAGGGUUUCGAUUUCAACUUUGGUGAUCCCAGCAUAUCGCUCCUUUGUUGGAAGAUUCAAACAACAUUUAGAAUCAACUAGACAUAUUGACAAGUAUAUCAAAUAUCAUCCCGAGGACAUUGAACUUUUAAUUGAUGAUUUAUUUGGUGGUAAUGCUACGUCUAUGACUAGAAGAAGAACAUGAUUGUACUAUAUUA